AUGAGCAGCGCCGACAAAGACAAGGAAGUCCAAGAGGGCAACGCCGGCUGGUUUGAGCAGGACGGAUACCGCAUCAAAGCCGAAGGAUACGACAUUCAAGAAGCUACCGAGGAGAGCACCAACGGUGUCAACGCCAGCGGCGAGCCAUUCGAGUCCGUCGAAGUCAACUGGAACACCGACAACGAGGGAUCCACCGAUGCAAGCUUCCAAGAGCACUAUGGCAUCACUUGGUGGAAGAUCACAAAGGCUCCCUGGUAUUCGCCCUUCACCUGGGAGCUGACCGUGAAUGUCCGAGACACCUACCACUACAUCUUCGCGGAUGAGACGAACACGUCCGGUGGCAUGUACCAUCUCGACUGCUUCAAGACAGGAAUCCAUACAGUGCAGUAUCGGUCUGAUAAACCAAAGAUCCACAAGGUCUCCGGAAGCUAG